AGACAUCUUACGUAAAAUACGUACGUAGCGUAAGCCAUCUUCGGGGACGUUACGUAAAUUCCAGAGGGCAGGAAGUGUGAUGUGGCUUUGAGUUCCAUCAAAAAUGUCAGCCAUUUUCAACUUCCAGUCUCUGCUAACUGUGAUUCUCCUGCUGAUCUGUACUUGUGCAUAUAUCAGAGCCUUGGCUCCCAGCCUGCUGGACAAAAAUAAGACUGGGCUCCUAGGAAUUUUCUGGAAAUGUGCCAGAAUAGGUGAGAGGAAGAGUCCCUGGGUGGCUUGUUGCUGUGUCAUCAUGGCUUUUAGUAUACUUUUUCUACAAUAAUCCAAAGACUACCACAAAACUGAAGAAAUGGACGGGAAAUGAGACAUGGACUGUAUGAUCCUACAAACACAAUGGGACCUCCACUGGCUGCCACUUAAAAACAAAUUAAAACACAACUGAGAACUGUUUUCGCAAACCAUCGCCGCAAGAACGUAUCUCUGUAGGAGGGCAGGGGUGAGCCGAUGGUCCCAGUCUGUCUAACUCCCUCCAGACGUCCAGAUCUGUGUCUGUGUUUGUCUACGUGAUAUGUUUACUCCUGAUCUAUGUGUGGGGUGAUUGGAGGGGGCAGUGCUUCAGUUUUCUGCUAUUUAUGGGAUCAGUUGAUAAAUAGUUGGCUUAAACCUUUGUUUUGUCACCAUCACAUAAACUCAUUUGUAUUAAUUUACGCAGAGGACACUCAGAAAUGUCCAGACUUUCAAGACAUGUACACAGUGACUUAAAAUAUGUCAUUUGUGUUUGUUGUAUCUAAAUAUUUUCAUCUUAUUUGGUAGAAAAUUGAAUUUAAUUUGUGGCAUCAACUCCUUGCUAAGGUGGCUUCUCAAAAGCUACCAUAAACUUAGUCAGUUUGCAGCUAUUUAUUAUUAAAACUUGAUGCAUUUUUUUAAUUAAGCAUUUUUCAUCAGCUUACUUUGCUGACAUCUAGUUAUGUCAGUGGUGGUGAUGCCAGUAAUGGCGACUUUAAACAGCAAAGCUACAUGUUGAUAAUAAAACUUUUUGUCAAUCUUU